AUGUUGCGAGUCGGGUCCUGGUUGUAUGGCAAAAAGCCAGCGGGGGCUGUGGACUCCGUCGUUGAGUUGAAAGACUUGCACGAGGCAAUGACAGCGGCAACGCGGAUUCUCGAUGAUGAUGUUGACGGUGCGGAGAGUGGUCUCUCCACGGGCACUUCGUCUUUUCACAAUUUGGGUAAAGGCGUGGUUGCAUUCGUCCGGGCAACGUUAGGCUUUGAGCAGGAGAUUAUGCGACAAGCAUCCGAACGCCUUUAUGAAGCAGAAACCAACGCGGCCAACGAUCAAACCCGGUCCCAGCAAAACGCACAAGCACCCAAUGCUUUUCACUCCGAUAUCUAUGCUGCCGGCACCGAAUAUGCGCUGUGCCAAGCAAUCGCCCAAUUGAUGAAUGCGGUGGUCGGGGUGCUGAAUGAAAGCCUGACAGAAAGCCUCAAAGCAUUCUAUCGGCUGAGAAAGGCUUACAUCGCUCUAGAUGCCAUCAUGAAGAUGGAAGAUAGGUUCAUGGAGCAGAGGAAUGUACACAAAUCUCUACUGCCCAGCAUGAGUGACCUCUCAACCUCGAGCGCUGCAUGCCCAGACACAAAGUCGGAAUCGUCCAGUCUCUUAUCGAAAGACGGUACAAAAGUGGCUACCGCCAAGGAAGCCGAGGUGAAUUCGUCAAUGAAUGGACCGGCUAUCUCUCCCCGAGGGGUGUCUCCAGAUACCUCAACGGGCACUUCCACACCUGCAAAGCAUAUCCACCACGACCCCGACUCCGACAUCUUCAAGAAUGAAAUUGAUAUUUUUGUGCACUCUGGUGUCAACUUCUGCUUUGGUAUUCUUCUUCUACUGAUCUCCAUGGUCCCACCAUCAUUCAACAAGCUUCUUUCCGUCAUUGGCUUCCACGGCGACAAGCAGCGAGGACUGAGAAUGCUCUGGCAAGCUAGCAAGUUCCACAACUUCAUCGGUGCCAUGGCUGCCUUGGCACUGCUAGGAUAUUACAAUGGCUUUGUCCGCUACUGCGAUAUCAUGCCCGACCCAACACCUGGCGAAACCGACGUCGAGGGAUAUCCGCAGGAGAGGCUGGCUGCGCUGCUAGCGGAGAUGCGGUCUCGGUUCCCUAACAGUCAACUUUGGGUGAUCGAAGAAUCGCGCAUGUUAGGCGCGAAUAAGGAGCUGGGAAGGGCUCUGGAACUGUUGUCCACGGACAAGAAGAGCCCGCUCAAACAGGUCGAGGCGCUAUGCGUGUUCGAAAAGAGCUUGAACGCACUGUUCCUCCAUAAAUACGAUGUCUGCGCUGAAGCAUUCCUGGAGUGCGUGGACCUCAACUCGUGGUCUCGUUCAUUGUAUUACUACAUCGCCGGAUCGUGCCAUGUUGCCCUGUACCGGCAAUCCCUCGACGACCCAAAGCUUGCCGAGGAACAUGCUAAGAAAGCCACUGUGUACAUGCGGAAGGCACCCGAAUUCGCCGGGAAGAAGAAAUUCUUGGCCCGACAACUGCCGUUCGAUGUCUUUGUGGCUCGGAAGCUUGCCAAAUGGGAGGCGCGCGCCAAAGAAUGGAACGUGUCUCUGGUGGAUGCGAUUGGAGUUGACCCCAUCGAAGAAAUGAUUUUCUUCUGGAACGGACACAGUCGGAUGACCAACGAGCAGCUAGAAGAGUCCCUGGCCCGGCUUCAAUGGUGCGAAAGCAAAAGCAACAAGACAUGGUCUCGCGAGGGCACCGAAGAAAAGGCGAUCCUGGAACUUCUCCGGGCUGCAAUUUUCCGAUCACUGCACAGACACCACGAGGCGAAAAAUAUCCUGCAAACUCGCGUCUUGAACCACGACAAGUCUGUGUUCAAGGGCCACCUGAAGGAUGACUGGGUCCACCCAGUUGCGCAUUUCGAAAUGGCGGCUAACUUCUGGAUGGAGCGCCCAACAUACCAGGGCCUGCAUGGGAUUACUGCUUCCCCAAAGACAUCGGAUGAAACGUCGGCAGGAUCUGGAGAGACGAUCAUGGAGGCUGAACGAAAGCAGGUAGCCGAGUGCAAGGGAUACCUCGAACAUGCUGCUCGCUGGGAGAGCUACGAGCUCGAUGCUCGUAUUGGACUCAAGGUUACUGCCGCGAUUGAAGCAGUUCACAAGUGGGAGAGCAUGCACCCGACCAUCUAA